AUGUUUUGUAUUUUCUUUUCUUACAUUUUUCCCAAAUCUAUUUUAUUUUCUUAUUGUAUAUUCCUUUUUUUUUGGAAUGUAUUUUUUUCGUUCAUUCAUUUUUGCUGUAUUCUGCAAUUUUUCAGAUCAUAUUUUCUUUCUUUCUUUCUUUCUUUCUUUCUUUCUUUUUAUUUUCGUUUUCAGAAUCUGUAUUUCUUUUUUCUUUCUUUUUUGAUUAUUUGUUGCGUUCUUUCUUUUGUUACUAUUUUCUUUCUUUCUUUCUCUUGUUUUUAUUUUUCUUAUAUUUUUCAAUGCCUAAUUUCUUUCUUUCUUUCUUUCUUUCUUUCUUUCUUUCUUUCUUCAAACUCUAUUUUCUCUUUUUUUUCUUUUUUGAUGAACCUAAUGUCUUUCACCGUAUUUUCUUUUUUCUGUGACUAUCUUCUUUCUUUCUUUCUUUCUUUCUUUCUUUCUUUCUUUCUUUCUUUCUUUCUUCCAACCCUAUUGUAUUUGUGCAUCGAAGACUCCCAUCUCGCGUGCAUAUCGAUAAGAUCGAUAACCAUUGUUCUUGGCCUCUUGAAUAUCGGCGAACAGGAAUUUAUCAUUCAAACCUAUUAUCUCUUGAACAAUUCACUGCCUUUCUUUCUUUUUUUCUUUUUCAUUUUUAAUUCUUUCUUUGUUUCUCUUUCAUUUCUUUGUUUCUUUUUUAUUUCUUUGUUUCUUUUGCAUUUGUUUCUUUUUCAUUUGUUUCUAUCUUUCUUUCUUUCUUCUGACACUUUUAUUUUUAUUCUAAAAAUGAUUGCACCCUUUUUUUAUCGAUUUUCCUGCUUUCCUUCUACUGUAACUUUCGUUAUUCUUCGCAAAAUCAUUCUUUUUUUUUUCUUCAGAUAUGAUAUAUCUUCUUUUUUUUAUGGAUUUCUUUUUUUCGCGUCUAUAUCACUUUUGUUUUUCUUUCAUUUUCUCAUCUUGAAACAUACCUCCUUUCUCUUUCUUUUUAAUCUUAUAAUUAUCUUUCUUUCUUUUCCUUGUUUCUUUCUUUCUAUCUCGUUCAUCUUGAAAUCUUUCUCUCUCAUUCAACUUAAAUGUCUUUUUCUUUCUUUUUCAUUUCGUAAUUUUCUUUCUUUCUUUCUUUAUUUCUUUCUUUCUCAUCUUGAAAUGUCUUUCUUUCAUUUUUCUUUCUCGUUCAUAUCAUAA